AUGGACGUAAUUAGGAGGUACCGACAGCGUGUGGGACGACCUUCGGGUCCUUCCCUGGAUGACUUCAUCUACAGGCGGCCUCCGCCGACCUACGACCAGAACGCCACUGUCUUCUACAAUCCGACGCCGUCAACCGCGUCGUCAGCGAUGGGCACGAGCGCGACCUUCAAACCGCGGGAGAAGUUCAUCUUCGACCGCAGCAUUACGUGGUUCCCCGCCCACAUGGCUUCCGCGAAGCUUAACAUUGGGAAGAAGCGCCGGGCGGUAGACUGUAUCCUGGAAGUUCGGGAUGCGCGUGCCCCGCUCACGGCGUCCAACUGCACCAUCACUGAGGAGUAUCCAGAGCACGUGCCGCGGCUGGUGGUGCUGAACAAGAGCGACCUUGUCCCGCAGCAAGAUAUGCAGCGCGCUGUACAGCUGCUGGAGAACACCGGGAGGAAGGUGGUGCUCUACAGCGCCCUGGGCCUUCGGAAGAUAACCAAGAUCACGAACUUCGUCCGGGAACAUGUUACGCCACAAUUCAAGACACUGGGUGUCUGGAUGAUGGUGGUGGGGCUGCCAAAUGUCGGAAAAUCCUCAAUUAUCAACGCUCUGAAGCGAUACUCCUUCACGCAACGGUGGCACUCCAAGUAUGCCAUGCAGCAGCCAACGUCGCUCACUACUUCCAAGGCCAAAUGCGCCGGUGUGGCUGGAAGCACGCGCACUUUAAGCGCGUUCUUCGUAUCGGAAAACCCGAAGUUGUACUGCUUCGACACCCCUGGAGUCAUGCUGCCGAAGAUGCAGUGCCCAGAAAUCAACCUCAAGCUGGCGGCGAUAGGCUGCGUUGACGACCACAGCGCGGGCGUGGAUUACAUCGCGGACUAUAUCCUCUACACCCUCAACCGCAAGCGGAUGUUCGAUUAUGUGAACGUCUUAGGGCUUCCCGGACCUACCGACGACGUUAAGGAGGUUAUGGAGCACAUCUCGCGGAUUGCGGAGCGGAAGUACAGCACCGUCGAGCCCUCCAACUGCUAUCGCAUCUUCAUCAACCAGUUCAGGCAGGGCAACUUCGGUCUGAUUUGCCUGGAUGACCUAAAUGACAUCAUCAGGCGCGGCGACCUUUCCGAUUUCGAGCUCAGGUGGGUUCAAAGCAUACUAAGCAUGGAACGCAUAUUUUCGCAGUGA